ACUUCAAUGGAUCCUUUCAGUUUUCGUAGCCAAAAUACAAAGUCAUCGUCAUCCACCACUUCCUCAUCCUCUUCCUCUUUCCACGGCCAUAAAGACAAAAUAACCGGAAACACAAAUCAGUCGACAUCAAGGACCUCAAGGUCAACGUCCACGUUAUCGACGGACCCACAGAGCGUGGCGGCGCGUGAGAGACGGCACCGAAUCAGCGACCGUUUCAAGAUCCUACAGAGCAUGGUCCCUGGUGGUACGAAGAUGGACACUGUCUCUAUGCUCGACGAAGCUAUAAGCUACAUCAAGUUCUUGAAAGCUCAGAUCUGGUUUCACCACAAUAUGCUUCUCUUCUUCAACGACCACGAAACUACAUCGUCUUGUACUUACUCUCCCGCCAGCGUCAGAGAAUUAAAACCAGCACACUUUGGUUGUGAUGACGAUUAUGGCCAUGUAAUGGAGACGUAUUCACAAGGCAUGCCUCUUACGGUUACGGACUCGGAGUAUUCGAUGUGGUUUGGUUCGGUUGAUCAGGAUGAGCAAGAAGAAACCAUACGCCACGGAUUCCAAACACAGGCGUGCCACACGACACGCAUUACGAGGAUCCACUGGAAUUAGAAAAACGGCGAAACAGAGAGACGAGUUCUCCGAUCAGAUCAACGACAAAAGAUGGAAGUGCAAACCGAAGACUCCGAGAAGGCGAAGCAGAUAGUGGUGCUUCUGAUUGGUCCGCCAGGAAGCGGCAAAUCGACGUUCUGUGACACCGUCAUGCGAUCCUCUCACCGCCCUUGGUCUCGCAUCUGCCAGGACAUUAUUAACAAUGGCAAAGCAGGAACCAAAGCUCAGUGCCUAAAGAUAGCGACAGAUUCUCUGAAGGAAGGCAAGAGCGUCUUUAUAGACAGAUGCAACCUUGACAGGGAGCAGCGCUCGGAGUUUAUUAAGCUCGGUGGUCCUGAGGUUGAAGUCCAUGCAGUGGUUCUGGAGCUUCCUGCUCAGGUUUGUAUAUCUAGAUCAGUCAAAAGAACUGGUCAUGAAGGAAAUCUACAAGGCGGAAGAGCUGCAGCUGUUGUGAAUAAGAUGCUUCAGAGUAAGGAACUUCCCAAAGUGAACCAAGGGUUUUCUCGGAUUAUGUUUUGUUACAACGACACAGAUGUUGAGAACGCUGUGAACACAUACAGCAUGCUUGGUCCCAUGGAUACUCUUCCUUCCGGCUGCUUUGGCCAAAGAAACUCAGACACCAAAAGCCAACCCGGAAUUAUGAAGUUCUUUAAGAAAGUCAAUGCGCUUCCUGGUUCAUCUUAUAAUGAAGCUUCUGAUACAACUCGAAAAACUAAUGAAACCACAGAAAAUGUCCGAGUUUCGCCAGCUAAGCUUGGUUCUUCUGAUAUUGUACCAAUACUGGCAUUCCCGUCAAUUUCGACUGCAGAUUUCCAAUUUGAUCUUGAAAAUGCAUCUGAUAUCAUUGUCGAGACAGUAGAGGAAUUCCUUCCUAAACUUGGGUCUGCACGGCUUGUCUUGGUGGACUUGAGCCACGGGUCAAAGAUUCUAUCUUUGGUCAAGGCUAAGGCUAUUCGGAAGAACAUUGACUCCGGAAGGUUUUUCACAUUUGUCGGAGACAUAACUAAGCUUCAUUCCGAAGGUGGUCUGCACUAUAAUGUUAUAGCUAAUGCUGCUAACUGGCGGCUUAAACCUGGUGGUGGAGGUGUGAACGCAGCGAUAUUCAAAGCGGCUGGUCCAGAUCUCGAGGCUGCGACAAGAGCACGAGCAAGCACUCUUCUUCCAGGAAAAGCCGUGGUAGUUCCUCUUCCUUCUACUUGCCCUUUACAAAACGCAGAAGGAAUUACACAUGUGAUACAUGUUCUAGGACCGAACAUGAACCCAAACCGACCAAACUACCUUAACAACGACUACACCAAGGGCUGCAAAACUCUUCGCGAGGCUUACACAUCUCUCUUUGAAGGUUUUCUGUCGAUAGUACAAGAGCAGUCUAAGUUGCCCAAACGAAGCAAUCAAGCAACUAUGUCAGAUUCUGGUGAGAAUAUCAAGGAAGACUCUGAGAGAAACAAAAAGUACAAGGGGCCACAAGAUAAGGCCACUGCUAAUAAUUUGGAAUCUGGGUCUGUGGAUGACACUAGAGACAGUGGAAAGAAGAUGAGUAAAGGGUGGAGCUCAUGGGCAUUGGCACUCCACAGCAUCGCAAUGCACCCAGAGAAACAUGAGAAUGUCGUGUUAGAAUUUUCAGAAGACAUUGUUGUGAUAAACGACCAGUACCCGAAGGCGCGGAAACACUUGCUAGUACUGGCGAGGCAGGAGAGUCUAGAUGGGCUUGAAGACGUUUGCAGAGAAAAUCUUCAACUUCUUGAAGAAAUGCACAAUGCUGGUCUAAAAUGGGUUAAGAGAUUCCAGGACGAGGAUGCAUCUCUUAUCUUCCGCCUUGGAUAUCACUCGGUUCCGUCGAUGCGACAACUACAUCUACACGUUAUAAGCCAAGACUUUGAAUCGGAUAACUUGAAGAACAAGAAACACUGGAACUCUUUCACAUCCUCGUUCUUCCGUGACUCGGUCGAUGUGCUAGAAGAGGUGAGGAGCCAAGGGAAAGCCAGAGUGGAGAGCGAAGAGGUUCUGAAAGGCGAGCUGCGUUGCAAUCGGUGUAGAAGCGCACACCCGAAUAUCCCCAAACUCAAAUCGCAUAUCAGAACCUGCCCUUCUCAGUAUCCUCACCAUUUACUCCAAAACAAUCGUCUUUUGGCUCGACCAGAGACUUAGGAAUGAUUUGAUUUCGGUUAGGGUUUAUAGUAUUUGGUUUAAGAAUUAGAAAAACAAGUCAAGUAUCUCUAAUUUAAUGGAAUGUUAUCUC